AUGCUGUUUUCAAAGGACACGCUCAAAUCGUUUGCACAGUCAAAGGGAAUAACAAACAUCGAUGAUGAUGCAUUCAGAGUACUGUCCCAGGACCUGGAGUAUCGUAUUAAAGAGGUAUGCCAAGAGGGAGGGAAGUUUAUGCUUGCAUCUAAAAGAUCAAAACUGUCAAUCGAAGACAUCAACUAUGCACUGAUCAGCAGGAAUGUUGAUCCACUCUUUGGAUAUGAUCCACAGGAGAGCCUUGUGUUCAGAGGCUUGCCAUCAAACGCAUACUAUGUGCCUGAUGAGGAGAUUGAUCUUGAGGAAUAUCUUGACCGUCCACUACCAAAGAUUCCUCUGAGGCCAUCGAUCCAAUCGCACUGGUUGGCAAUUGAAGGCGUACAGCCACAGACUCCACACAACCCAAUUCUACUUGAAAAGCCUACUGUCAAAAAGGAUACACUUGGCAUGUACCAAGAGGAGCUUGAGCUGAAGUCACAAAACAAGCACAUGCUUACAAAGGAGUUGAGUAUGUACUUCGACAAGAUCAUUCAGGCAAUGGAGACCGAUGAGGACACUGCUAUCAACUGUCUACACAAUGAAAGUGGCAUUCAACAGCUUGUCCCGUACUUUGUACAUCACUUCAACGAGCAGAUUGUUAAGAACAUAAAAAGUAAGGAGAAACUCCGAACAAUCACAAUGAUGUACUACUCAUUGUUAAGAAACAAAUACAUAUUUAUUGAUCCGUAUCUCCAUCAGAUCCUACCUUCACUUAUUACAUGUGUGAUUGGAAAGAGUGUGGAUGAUGAAGUCAGAAAGAUUGCUUCUGAGGUAGUCAAGCAUGUGUUUAGCAGCUUUUCGUGUUCUUACAAAACACUUGCGCCACGCAUCAUCAACACACUGAGCAAGGCAUGGCUUGACAAGCAAAAAACAGAAUCUACACAGUGGGGCGCGCUGUUUUGCUUGAGCAUACUCUCAGAACAUGCUGUAGAGACAGUCAUAAAGCCAAAGGCAGACUACUAUCGACAAGAAAUUAACAAUCCACAAGUGUCUGAUCUAUUGAGCAAAAUUUUGGAUAAAUAA